GGCAGAUUUGUUGGGUUCCAUGGACGAAGUCCUCGAGUGGCGGGAGGAGGUGGCGUUGAUGUGCCCAGCAGCAGAGGGGAAGAACGGAGAACUGCCAACUGACUUGGUUGCAGCGUGCCCAAUUGAUGAAGACGAGCCCGAUCUGAGCACGCUCUUGCAAAGCCUUACAUUGUCAGCUUUCAUGCGACAUGCUCAGCGCACAUCGCUUCACACUGGUGAGAUCAGUGCAAAGGAGGCCUUAUUCUCACCCCUGAUUUCGCCUGAGUUCUUGGAGGGUCAACCGAACUCGCCAUCGUGGUGUCGCAGCUCCAAGUCUCACUUUGGGGAGCUGCUGCAGCAGAUUUGCGAUUCUUUGGGUGAUUCAGCAGGUCACACAAUCAUCCCCCUGCUGAUUCCAACCUUCAGUGCUCCAAACCAAACCCUAGACCUGGAUGCGGUGAAAGAAUUGCCCAAUUAUGGAAAGGUUUUCUCGGAGAUAAACAUGGAAGGCAUGCCGUCACAAGCUACCUUGAGAGAGAGCAUGAAGGAGCACGUUGAGAGGAUUGCAAAGCAACUAUCGGAGGGAAGAGGUCGAGUCCUUUCAGCCUUGCAUGUGCAUGUGAACAUGAAACAAGACCAUGCUCAGGACAUUGUGGAUUACCUGCGUUUCCAAUUGGAGUGGUGCGCUGGAGAACUCUUCGGCCUCCUCCAUGAAAAGCCUGGACUGCUUACCCAGUCUGCUUUGCAUGUCCUUGCGGUGGUGGCUCAUGGUGUUCGAGGGGAUGACGGAAGUCGAAGCAUUCGACCCUUCUUGUUGGCAGGACCUGUCACUGAAAGGACCGAUGCUUCGCCUGAUGUGAAGAUGUUUCAAUGGACUGGCAUCGCCGUGGAUCACUUCUCCCACUUAUUGCCAUGGGGAAUGCGGCCCGAGGAGCUCUUGAACGGCACGAUCAAGGAAAUUUUUGGUCUUCAGGACGAGUCACCUGAUCGUUUCCGAAGGAUUCUCGCUGAUGCAUUGCCUCAUGUUGUUCCACGCUUUGGAUCUGAACCUCAUCACGCAGACAGCUUUGUGAUCAUUCAAUCCUUGAUGCGAGAGAUCAACAGCAAACCGGAGCUUGUUAGUGGGAUUCGUUCUGUGCUGGCUGAGCAGCUUUCCUUGGAGGAGGCAGACUGGCGCAUGGAUGUUGCAAAGAACAUCGAGUUGUUGCGACGCACUGGCCCCUUUCAGCUCGCCCUCCUGUCGCACCUCAGACGGGAUGACAAGAUCCAACCGGUGAUCAAAGCAGUCUGGCAACACAGCUUGCACACAAGCUGCCCCAACAAGAUUGCGCCGGAAGAAGAUGCCAUCCAAAGUGUUCACUGGCGGCCAGUGGCUGAAUCGUUGUUGCACCACGUGCUCAGUUCGGCAAUUCACCAGGCUGAAUGGGAGCCAAUGCUUUCGCAGCGUCAUCCCGGUGAAAUGCGAACUUUGCUUAUGCCAGGGAGUGCUGCAGCCAUGCAGAUCUUGCUGCCCCAACUUCAAUCCAAGGAGGGGCUGCGGGAUCGGAACUUUAUUGAAGUAUUGAUGGAUCAAGCUGUUCAACUUGCAGCAGUGUUGCCACGAUGCUUGCCCGCUACGCUUUGUAACGCAUUGAAUGCAGUUGGCCAAUCACUGUCCAGCGGGAAGGCCGGCGAUGUAAUCGGCUUGUUUGGUGAUGACGUGAUCACUGAAAUGACUGCGCGUGCUUGUGCCAGUGUACAAGAAUGGCCGGGGAGCGCGACUUUUGAAUCAGUCCGUUUGCAUCUCCAUGUCAUCGUUCGUGCCUUGAUGCGCAACAUGGCCCGGCAACAGGCAGAUGAUGCUGGCAACCCCAUUGAUCAGCAGGAAUCAAAGCGUGAUGAGUAUCCGCACAUGUUGAAAGCUCUUCUGCCCGCAGUUGCGGCAGUGUUGCUACUGCCUCUUUCGCAGCAGGUCGCAGCCUUGCAAACGCAGUUUCCAACGUUACACACUUGGGCUGAUUGCUUGGAGGCUCUUCUGAACCCUUUUCCGCUGGCAGGCACUUGGAGAACUUUCUUUGAGCGUGGGAUGCAGGCAGCGUUUCAACUACACGGCUUAGAUUUGGAAGACUCCUUGUGCUCAAGUGCAGAUGCCGGUGAGGAUUUGCAGGACUCCUUGCAGCUCCUGCAGCAGCUCUCUGUGGCCAUUGAGGAUUUUGUCAUCACCGUAGGCUGCACAGACGCGAGCAUUGUCAGAGUUGCAGCCAUCAGCCACAUGCUGUCAUCCUCCAAAGGCAUUGCGCCAGACAAGGCCAUGAGCAUCUUAAGCUUUAUGAGGAACAAGUCCAACGUCCACUUGCUUGAGGCUGUGGCUGGUCUCAUCGAGGUGCAAGACAUUGAUACCGCCAUCCCACUUGUCGGAGUGUCCUAUGCUUUGCAGCUUCUAGACAACGAUUUCCAGAAGUUGCACCCUCUGAAAACAUACCUCCAGCAGAUCUCGAUCUAUUUGAUGGAGCACCUGAUGUCCAGGGUUGGGGUGUCAACCAUCAACAGCUGGCCUGAGGCGGAAGAAAUCGGCGAGAGAGUUCUUUCCGAAUCUUUCUAUGCACUGAUGGAGGAGCAGGAGGCCGGACUCACCACCAGUGCUACAGUCAUGCAUCUCUUGGAAGAUGUGUUGCCCUCCACAGCUCAAGGCUGCGGUUGGGACACGCCUUUGGUUGCGUGUUUGGCAGCUGCCUUAUCGACGACAUCUCAGCUGAGCUUGGUGAUCGCCAACCUAGUGAAGCAUUCACUCAAGAAAAAGUUAGGAAACCCGUCGAAGAGAGCUUUGCAGAUGUUGGAAGAUGCCUUCAAGAAAACUUUGAGUAUCCUUCAACGGCGAGAUCCUCAAAAGUCUCAAGUGUUUGUUGCUUUUGUGCUCGCGAGAGAACUCGUUUUGCACAGCGUGGAUGUGGUCGAGACUUAUUUGGAGACAGACAAUGAGGAGUUGCAACAGAGGCUCGAAAAAGUCUUGACCUGCAUUGUUGAGGCUUUGGAGAUGCAGUUUGCCGGAUCUACCAGGGUGGAUGCUGACACUGCCAUGCUGUUGUGCACCUAUGAGGGUCGAGAUCUUCGAGUGGAGCAGCUUCCUACAGCCUUUGCAUCGCUGUAUGUGGUAGCGGCAACACGACGACGGGAGGUUGCUGACAUUAAGACAGUAGUGAGCUGCCUGCACGAUCUUGGUUCAGAAGAGCAGUCGUGCUCGCAACAGGCUGCAAAACAAUUCGAAGGUCUGUGCCACGAAAAGCGCGACAACUUCCAAGCUUUGCUUCAAAGCAUGCGUGCAGUGGGAGAAGUUGCUUGCAUGCAAUGCUCAGCCGAAGAUGAAGAGACACUCGACCUAGCGGGCCGAAUCGCCAGAGAAUUGCCCAGUGUUCUAGGGCCGGCUGGGGUUCUGUUGCGCUUGAAAGCAGAUGAUGAGACCCCGUGGAACAUAGACUUCCUCAACAUGGAUGCCGAAAAGGCCUGGCAAGCAUCUAUCUUCGCGCACCUCAUUUGCUUCCUUGGGGCGGCCCAUGUCAGCAUCAACCGGAGGCAGGAGGACUUGCCACCAGCUAUCAAGCCAUUUGUUGCUUUCAACAGCAUCGACGAGCCGACUCUGAAUUCCACGUUUUGGCCUGGAGUGCCCAAUGAUUGGUGGCAGUCCUUGAGGUACUCAGGUUUGCACAAACACUUGCUGCCUGUCACAGGGAACAUAGUUUGGGGCCAGUGCCAGUGUGGGUACCGCUAUUGCUAUGCCGAAUGCGGUGCCCCUGUCUCUGCCGCAAAAUGUCCGAGCCCGGAGGGUGAAGGUCGCUGUACUUUGAUGAAUGGAGGCCAGAACCACACCUUUGCGCCUCACCAGCAGCUGAUCGCAGUGGUGGUUACUGCACAUCCACACGGAACGGGGUGGCCUCCGGUCUACUCCUCAAUGAGCCAAGGGUUCCCAGCUGCUUUUCGGCCUCCACCACCUUCUCCAGGUCUUUUUGCCUUGACGGAGGCUGACUUGCACAUCUCAGUGACAGAAAAGGAGAGAGCAGUGGUUUCCCACAGUCUCAUGUCUGAAACAGUCCGUCAAGAUUGGAAUCAGCCACUUGGUAAGCCUCCUGAUCCGAAGAGCGGUUUGCACCCAAUAGCAUUUCGAGUGCUUCAUCUUUUGAUCCACGCCAGUGCCCUGAUUGGGAUUGAGAUGGAAUGGGUACAGGAACGAGACAACAUCGUCCAACUCUUACAGGGACACCUUCGGCAGGUUGCUCGAAUGAACCCAGUGAGGAACGCAAAUGACACUGUGUGGUAUUUCAUGGCGAAUGUGGAAGCAGAUUUGGAUGCUCUUGCCAAGUUGUUGAAUGGAACCCUAGAAGUUGCAACGCUCUUCAUGCACGCUGUGCUUCAUCGACUGGGAUCCCUUCAGCCACAUGAGCAGCCAAGUGGACAGACUUUGACGAGUCACAAUGCUCGAGUUGCUUAUGAAACCUGGUUCCACAACACCAUCAUUCAGCCGAUCUUGGGUGAGAAAGGUGCAAGCGGUGACUUUCCACUGCCUGGCGUUCAUGCUCUACGUAGAGAGGCGGGCCAGGCAACCGACCCCAAUUUGCUCCUCAAAGCUGAUUUCCUUGCGCGCAGAGGUCUUCAAACUGGUGCCUGGGCAAACAUGAAGGAAGAUGUGCGCGCAGCAUUGCUGCCACACGUUCUCAGGCCAUUGGUAUCUGCCUCCAUCGGAGACACCUUUGAAGAACUUGUUGCUGCUAGCAUGGGGGGCAAUCGCUUCGUGAUUUUGCGGUUGCUCAUGGCUGGAGUGGAGGAGGAGAGUGCCUCCUGGCGUAUUCUUCCUGACCUUGCACGUGCAGCCAGUCUGGCGUGGAUCUUGCCAUUCAUGCAGUUGGUCCGGGACAAGGAGGGGGGCAAGAUAACCAUGAGAGAAGCUCGCACCACAACGAUACGAAAAUGGCUUGAAAGCAGAGCAGGUCACGAGCAGCACCAUGCCUGGAUCACCUUCCGUAAUUUCGAAGCCGCUUGGAACGCAGCUUUGGCAUCCGACCAGUUACGAGAUGGCUGUGGAGUCAUUCGGCUUCCAAGAAUCACCCUAGAAUCCCCACUGGCAAUGGCUUGCCCUAUUGCGAAUCCUGAAAAGCCGCAGCAUGGUGACAUUGAAGUGGGAAAUCUAGACAAGCCAGAGCACAUUGCAUCACUUGGGUUGCAUCACCUUGCAGUGAGCCACAACAAGCUGAUAGCGCAGGUCAAUGCCUAUCUCGUUGCUUCGAAUGCCAUCGCCGCACAUGUGAGAGCUAGAUUACAUCCUUCAGCGGGACUGUGCCAGUCCAGUGGCCAGUGCCAACCCGCAGCAGAGACGUGCCACGACCAAAGUGUGCGACUGAUACAGAAAGCAAGUGCAACGGACUUGUUUGUUUUCCCAUCGCAGCUUGAGGAUGCUUGUGCAGUCGAAGAUGAUGUGCAUCCACAUGGGCCGAGAACCUUCCGAUUGGACUAUAAGAUCGGCACUUUUUGCCAAGACUUCUUUCAAGUUCCAUGGAGUGCAGAUCCCCCAGCUCGAGGUGAACAUGAUUUCGAAGCCAUGGAGAGCGAUCUUGCAUGGCGGCUCAUCGACCACAGCAACCUGGACAAAGACAUCGACGCAUUCCCAUAUCGCAUUUUUCACGGCAGCGUGGAUGUGCGAAUCCUGAACCGUCUCAAAGGCUCCCGGCUGGUGCAACAAGUGUCGCUCAGUGAGGCUCUCAGUGUUCAAAAGGCUGAGGACCUGGAAAUCUCCUUCUUCCGCGACACGUCCCAUGCUUUGGAAGUGAGCAAAAUCACAGGUGAUUUGAUCGCCCUAUUGCUGGGGGUCAAUGUGGCGCAUGCUUUCCGCAGUGACAUGACGCUGCUCGAGUUCGUGGAAGUCUUCACUUUGGUUGACAAGGCAGACUUGCCGGACGUUGCCACAGUCCCACUCAAUGCGCUGGUAGCUUUACAUUUGCUUUCCAAAGAUAUGCUUGCAAUGACUCGGGGCGUAAGCAUCAAGACGCGGGACACUGGAACGGAGUACACCAAAUCCUUGGACCUUCCACCCCAGUUCAAAGACGGAUUGGAUAAACUCAAGGAGGAGUGUCCACAAGUGCUCGCGGUAGUAUGCCGUUUGGUGGCACGCACAGUGUACUUGGCAAGUGAGCUGCCACUGGAUCAUGAUCACCGGCAUGAUAAAGAAAAGUUCCAGAAAGCUCCUCCACUUUGUAUGCUUGUCAAGCAGAUGGACAUCUUGGACGAACUUGCGGAGGUUGGAGAGGGCAAAGAGGAACAGGCCGAAGAGCUGCUUGAGAUGCCAGUGCCACUUGAUCUUGAAUACUGGAAUGACUGGAACGAAGGACAUGCCAUCGCAGCGGUGAAGAUCUACCGUUCCUUGUGGUCCGAGAUCCGGGAACCGUAUCUGGCUCCUGCCAAGCCGGUGCUGGCUGCCUCCAAUGACCCAGCCGUCGCCAGUGGCAUGGCAAAGGGCUUGGCCACAUCCGGCUGGCUUCAGCCCAAGGACCAGGAUGAGUCCGAAGAGGAUGGGGACUGGGAAGUGAUUGACCCAAUCGAUCCCACAUCUCCAGUGAAGACUCGGCCAGUGAAGGCUGGCAGAGGCAACAAAUCCAGUGCAGAACGUCAGAGACAGGAUCAGGCAGGCGCGACUUUCGUGGGUAAGGUGCAUUACUCAGGAAGCUGGGCAGACGAAUUGGCGGCGAUUAUGGCCGACAAGACUGCCGAGUCGUAUUCUGUCCGAACGAAGGGCGGACAAGGUUCAUCCAUCCCAUUUGUUGCUGGCGGGCAGCCGGGAGAGCUGGUCUCUACUCCCAUGAGCGAGGACUUCCCACUGAUUGUGAUCCCUAAGAAAGCUGAGGCAAAUCCUCACAAUCCUCAACGGCCACAAGGGCUUGAAGGACUUGACUUCAUGCGUGACGUGCUUGAGAAGUUCAUCAACCAGAGAGCAGGCGGCCCAGACCAUGGACGCACCAUUGAGAAGGAGGAUGCCAAACAGGUGGCCUUGGCCUGGGACGAUGUUGAGAUGAUGGGUGAGGCCCUCCAGCCGUUGCUCAUGCCGCUGGGGCAGGACGUCGACGUGACGGAGGAGAGAGGGAGGUUUGUCACUGAGUUCCACCAACACUUCGAGCAGCAGCAGAAUAGCAUGCCUCGACCAAUCAAAGAUCAUGUUCAGCCCUCACAGCUGCAAACAUGCAUCCUUGAAGCUAAAGGGUGGACCUUGCGCAAGUCACCGGGAGACGGGCACUGUCAAUUUCAUUCUGUCGGCUUUGCGGUGGGUGAAGGUCAUGAGACGGUGCGCUCUCAUGCACUUGCAUGGAUCACGCAGCACAGAGAGGAAUACAAGAUGAAGAUGGUAGUGGAACGCAAUGGCACUCCAGCCUCAUUCACCGACACUGUCGAAGAUGAUGAGUUGGAGAGCGCCUUGGACAAGUACAUCGCACGCAUGUCGGAAGGGGCUUGGGGUGACAACAUUACCUUGCAUGCCUUGGCCCACCAUUACCAGCGGGAGAUUCGCGUACUCACAGACAAUGUGAAGAAUGCCUGGGUGCAGAUUGAGCCAGGCUUCGGCAACCCCAUCUAUGUGGCUUUCUACGCGGAGUUUCACUACGACUCUGUGAUCACCGAGACACCGACUCUGUGA